AUGAAAACGACGUCGACCAUGGCGAAUCCUUCUAUACAUUCGGCUGCAUUGACGAACAAGUCCUCUCGCGCUGCGGCGUCUCAGAACCACACUAUGUGCCCAUCGUUCCAUCAAAAGGCUUCUGGCAGUUCUCUUCCCCAACUGUUACCCUCAACGGCGAGACUACCCAACGACCCCCCGGAAAUACUGCAAUCGCCGAUACAGGAACUACACUGGCCCUUGUUGACGACGCACUCUGCGAGAAGAUAUACAGCACUAUCCGUGGCGCUGUGUACGAUAAAGCGCAUCAAGGUUGGACCUUCCCCAUCGGAACAAAAAUCUCUAAUCGUCCUACUCUAG